AUGGAUGCCAUCUGGCAGAGUGGAAACUUCACUGUCAUCCUUGAGUCCGUUUUAGCAGCAUUGAUAACCUACGCAAUCGUCACCUGGAUAUUCAGAGAGCAAGCAAAGAACCUACCGACAGGACCAAAAGGAUGGAGAGCAACUUUCGAUAUAAUACAAGCUAUCAGAACUAGCACCAAGGUACGGACCAUGACAUAUGUAACAUUUGGGGGUCUAAAGAUACUGUUUAUAAACAAUUCCGACUUGACAAGGCGUUUGAUGACAGCCGAUGAUUACAAGUUCAUUGUGGCUAACAGGACUCCUAAUUCUCCAGCAAAAAUAGCCUUUGUCGAAGGCAAGGACUGGGUGUUUACACCAUACGACGCUAUCAUGAGAAAAAAGCGCAGAAUGUUCCAUUCGGUGAUCAGCGUCUACGGGGACGGUGUCGAGAAGUUUGAAAACAUAGUUUCCGGAGAGAUGAACAGACUCAUGGCGGAACUCGAACACUAUGAAAACAAAGACUUCGAACUCUAUAAGUUUCUAGCCAGGUCUUUGAAAAACAUCGUAUUUAUCCUGGUCUUGGGCGAACGACCCGACGAUGUCAAGAAAACGGACAUCCUAGAAGAGUUUGACAUAGCCUUCAAUAAACUCUGGGCUCCAGAGUAUGAUUUCGUGCUAGCUAUGUUUCCUAUCUUGGCAAAGAUUCCCGGGAGAUUCAAGGAUGCUGUAGACAGGUUAAAGGCAGCCAAAAUCAAGGCUGAGGAAUUGAUCUAUUACGCCCCAAAGAGAAGUUGGACACCUGGCCAACCUAGAGGAGUCGCUGAUCAUGUGUUUGACUUUCACACCAAACCAGGUUACGAAUGGUUGGAGACAGACCCCGAUCAGGCAAUAGGAUUUCUAACUUCGCUGUUUGUAGCAGCUCACUUGACAUCAAGAGCGUCUCUGCUGGGCAUGUUCCUUUGUCUCAUUAACUACCCUGCCGUAACCAAGAAAAUUCACGAGGAGAUUGACCGAGUUGUGGGCGAAAGAGCUCCUCGACUAGAGAAUAAAUCUAACAUGCCAUACACUGAGGCCGCAAUCUUAGAGAUCCUUAGACUCACUACUCCCAUUCCCUUUGGUGGUUUGAGGAAAGCUUCUGAAAGUAUACACAUUGACGGAGUCGUUAUUCCCAAGGACACUUUGGUGCUUGUUAACGCUGGUUUCUUCCACCAUGAUGAACAUGUCUGGGAAGAUCCUUGGACAUUUAAACCUGAACGCUUCCUGGAUAAGUCUGGGGAACUCUUACCUGCGGACCACCCGGUCAGAAAGAA